GCUGAAUUGUGCUGAAUUAAUCGGAUCGCUUUUGUAAAAAGAUAACAUUGCAAAAAAAAACUUAAUUUACAUAAAAAGUAUGGAUAGCAAGCUUAAAGUUAAGAUACAGCUCUUUGGGCAGUUAGUAAUUGGACCUCCUGGAUCUGGCAAAACGACGUAUUGUCAUAAAAUGUUUGAGUUUUACAAGGAAUUGCAACGAAAUGUAAGUAUAAUCAAUUUAGAUCCAGGAAAUGAGAAUAUGCAGUAUACACCUGAAAUAGGUAAAUAUCUACUUAUGCCUUUGAGUAUCUUAAUUUCAUCAUAUAAUCGCUUGCUUGUAGAUGUAAUGGAAUUAAUAACAGUGGAAGACGCAAUGAAGCAUUUUGAUCUAGGCCCAAAUGGAGCAUUAAUGUACUGUAUGGAAUUUCUUGAGAAAAACUUUGAAUGGCUUCUGAAGAAAAUGGAAAAAUCAUCAGCAAAUUACAUCAUUUUUGAUCUUCCAGGACAGGUAGAGCUUUACACACAUCAUCAAGCUAUGAGGAACAUAUUCCAAAAAUUAGAGAGCUAUGGAUAUCGCCUGUGUACUGUAAACUUAAUAGAGUCACAUUAUUGUAGUGAACCACACAAAUUCAUUUCUGCCUUACUUUUGUCUCUUCAUGCAAUGCUUAAUAUGGGACUUCCACACGUUAAUGUAUUAUCAAAGGCUGAUCAGAUUAAGGAGCAUGAAGGAAAAAUGCUCUUUACUAUAGACUAUUAUACAGAAGUACUGGAUCUACAAUACUUGUUAGAUUCAAUGGAAACAAAGCCUGAAUUUAAGAAAUAUAAGAAGCUAAAUGAAGCUAUUGUUUCUUUAGUUGAAGGAUAUAAUCUCGUCUCAUUCCAGCCACUUGAUGUGAACCGAACGGAAAGCUUAGCAAGAUUAAGAAAAUUAAUUGAUAAAGCAAAUGGCUACGUUUUUGGUGAUAAGGAGGAACAAAACAUCAAUACAAUGUUGGCAUGUGCUAUUGGUGCUGAAAGUAGUAACGAAAAGUAUGUAAAUGAUUAUCAGCCAUACUUAAGAGAAUAAAAUUAAUGUUUAAGAAUUUAGAUUUA